AUGUCAGCACCAUUCGCUGAUCAGACUCCCGCCCGGGUUCCUGGCAUACUGAACAACAUCGCCUCAGAGCUACAUCUCAAUGGGCACCUAGUCUCCACUGGGUGGAUUGAUGAAGGAAGCCCAGGAAACAGCCUGUUCAUCCACAUAUCAUAUUGGUGGUCGAUGGACUUCGAUCACGUAGGGCAGGUGUGGGUCUGGUUACACCAGCAGUUUCGGCAUGGUGAUGGCCUGGACGUAGACUUUGGCAACACGAUGACGAACUUGGAAUCGGGGCAGAAGAAGUAA